AUGAAAUCUUUCAUAGAAUACAGUGUUGAUACGGAUUUUCCCAUACAAAAUAAUGAAAAACAUAUAGGUGUUGCCAUUGGUGAAUGGAUAUUGGACCUUAAUGUUAUAUCUCAUUUGUUCAAUGGACCUCUACUAAAAGACAAACAAAAUGUAUUUAAGGAGGAGAAACUCAACUCUUUUAUGGGACUUACCAAACCCCAUUGGAUCGAAGCAAGAAACACCUUACAGAGUCUCCUAGAUGUAUCUAACACUACAUUGCAUAAUGACAAUGAGCUCAGGCAAAAAGCGUUCGUGAAACAAAUCGAUGCGAAAAUGCACGUGCCAGCAGACAUCGGUGACUACACGGACUUCUACUCGUCCAUCCAUCACGCCACCAACGUGGGCAUCAUGUUCAGAAGCAAGGAGAACGCGCUCAUGCCCAACUGGAAGUACCUCCCAGUCGGCUACCAUGGCAGGUCCAGUUCGAUAGUAAUAUCAGGCACCCCGAUCAGGCGACCGUACGGACAAACGUUGCCAGUUGAAGGAGCGGAUCCAUUCUUCGGCCCGUGCCGCCUGAUGGACUUCGAGUUGGAGAUGGGUUGUUUCGUGGGCGGGCCGCCUACUGAGCUGGGCGAGCGAGUAACCGCUCAACAAGCUACCGACAGGAUCUUCGGUUUUGUACUGAUGAACGACUGGAGCGCUAGAGACAUACAGAAAUGGGAGUAUGUACCCUUGGGGCCAUUCACGGCCAAGAACUUGGGCACGUCGAUAUCACCGUGGAUAGUGACGGUGGAAGCUCUGAGGCCCGCUAUAGUUGACAACUACCCGCAAGAUCCGCCACCUUUCUCUUACUUAAAACACGACGACAAGUUCAACUUUAAUAUCAAACUGGAAGUGGACCUUAAGUCGGGCAAAUCUCCAGCGGUGACGACGAUAUGUCGGUCCAACUACAGGUUCCUGUACUGGACCGUUAAACAACAGCUCGCGCAACAGACCAUCACCGGGUGUAACAUUAGGCCCGGGGACCUGCUCGGGUCAGGCACCAUCAGUGGAGACACUCCCGACUCAUAUGGUAGCAUGCUAGAGUUGGCGUGGAGAGGCACAAAACCCAUCCGUUUAGUCGACGGUGAAGAGAGGAAGUUCAUACAAGAUGGCGACACUAUCACGCUGCGUGGAUACGCCGCUGGACUAGAUGGCGUUAGAAUCGGUUUCGGAAAAUGCGAAGGAACGUUGCUGCCUGCAACGCCUUUUGAAUAA